AUGAUGGAUUGGCAUGAACCCUUCAUAGUGAGUGCAGGAUUAAAAACGCGUUUCGGUUCGAAUCCUAUUUUGGACAUCCGGCGCGCCGUAGCUAUCGACUGUAACGUCAAGAAUGUCGUAGAAGUUGGAGCACAAAGUAAAGAAAUAAACUCCGUUUUGGUUGUUAACAGGAGGAGGCGUCUGUCUGUGUUGAGCUAUGGGCAAUACCAGCGACCGUGUAGCCGCAGAUCGCCAUGGGCCAAAAGCCCAUCGGGCAGAAGGUGGUGCCCAUAAAGACCAUGAACCCAGCAAGAUGGUGGACAGCAUGGACGAUCCGAACAUCUUUAACACGCACAGCCCUGAAGUAAAGGCUCCAGUGGAGAAGGAUUUGCCUCCAGAUUUAAACGACCUGGUGAAGACGGGCCCACAAGAGCGUCCAACCGUGAUCCGCUGGGCAGGAGGAGGGAAAGACGUCUACAUCUCUGGCUCCUUCAACAACUGGAACACCAAGAUCCCACUUAAUAAAAGCCAUAAUGACUUUGUUGCCAUCCUGGACUUGCCUGAGGGGGAGCAUCAGUACAAGUUUUUUGUUGAUGGGCAGUGGGUUCAUGACCCUUCUAAGCCGGUUGUGACCAGUCAGAUGGGAACCAUCAACAACCUGAUUGAGGUGAAGAAAUCUGACUUUGAGGUGUUUGAUGCGCUGCAGGUGGACUCGCUCGAGUGCUCCGACACCUCCGAUCUGUCCAGCUCUCCUCCUGGUCCUUACGGACAGGAAGUGUACAUGUUCCGUCCAGAGGAGCGCUUCAAGGCUCCACCCAUCCUUCCUCCUCACCUCCUCCAAGUCAUCCUGAAUAAAGACACAAACAUUUCAUGUGAUCCUGCUCUGCUGCCUGAACCCAACCACGUCAUGCUCAACCAUCUUUAUGCACUCUCGAUUAAGGAUGGUGUGAUGGUCCUCAGUGCGACUCACAGGUACAAGAAGAAGUACGUCACCUCUCUGCUGUAUAAACCCAUCUGAGAGUCGACUUCUCUGCUGUACUCCUGCUGCAUCUAGCUGAUAUUGUACUACACAUUACGUUUGCAGUGGUUCUGCUGGCCGCUGUCUCUCACUCUCACACUAAUGAUAUGUGUGUGUUCACCACUGUAUAAUCAGGACUACUGAACUGUACUUCACACCUAGUGAUUGCAAUUGGUUCGUUUUGUUUUUUUUUUGGUUCGGUUCCCCCUCCCCAAAGCUGUAAAGCAGAUGCUAAAAUAGGUUUGGUGUUUAAGAGGACUGAUGUGGAUUUCGCAUGUUUUAAAGUAGCAUCAUGUUGAUUUAUGACUGAGGUGUGUGUGUGUGUCUCUUUAGAGUUUCCAGUGUUUUUAUUUAUUCAACUUGUGAUUAAUCACAUGGCUAAGUAUCUGCUUGAAGGAUAUAAAAAGGGCUUUGAGGAUUUACGUACAUUAAGUCGUAGGAUCGAGACUAAACAGGCUGAGGGAUUUUCUGCCUAGCCCAAGCCUGAGGUGUAGUUUGAAAAAUAAAUGAAAGAUUUGAAUUGGCUUUUUUUCCCUGGUCGCUGAUGCGAUAUGAAUUUUAAUAAGGAUGGCUGGAAUGAUUGUGUGUGUUUGAGAGCACAUGCAUGCUGUUGCCUUUCACUGCGAUCGUGUAAGCACUUUGAUCAUAUAUUCACUGUGACAGGUUCAGACGGAAAGCUUGUUUCAGUUCCUAUGCAGUUGACAAAUCUCGUACUGUAGGCUCCAGUCGAACACGCACAAUGCAAUCGCGCAAUGUUUUUUUUUUUUUUUUUUUUUAUGUGUGUUAGCGUGCGUUUUAUUACUCAUUCUUGCCGUUGUAUUACGAAUGUUGGUUUACCGUAUUUGCAGUGAGACGGUGUGUCCGGAUGGACACGUUGGCGGCUGUAGAGGGCGAGGUCUUUUAAUAUAAAAGCCAUGUGGUUUUCAGUAAAGGUCAAAGGUUGUGUUUUUUUUUUUUGGAAGGUUUUUCUAUGACAUUUGACAUGUACUGAGAUAUUCAGUGUUUUCAGUUGGUGUUCGAUGAACGUUUGAUGCUUAUUCCCUCCAAAGACGUAGUGGAACGCUGUAGUCUGUAGGGACAACGUAUGACUAAAACAAAAAGGAGUUUAAAGCCGCGAUACUUUUUGUGAAGUGUGCUAUUUUGAAAAUUGAAUUUAAACACUUGAAUUUAGCCCGGAAGCUUUGUUUGUAAAGCUGUGCUGUUUCUGGUGGUUUUUUUUUUUUUUCUUUGCUUGCAAAUAAAAAAAAGCAAUAUGUUGUUGA